ACACACACACAGAAGGAGGCGUUUUCCGCUUACAGGGGAAAUGAAACCUAAGAGAUCAUUUUUCUCAAGAGCUGCAACUCCUGCUUCGCUCGCAGAGAAAUCCACAGCUGAGGCAGCCAAACAGAAAUGGCCUCUUCCAAUCUUCUAAAAUGGUCCUCUGUGUCCGAUGAUCAUUUUUCAUGUUCUAUCUGCCUGGAAGUUUUCAAUGAACCCGUCUCGACUCCCUGCGGACACAACUACUGCAAGGUCUGCAUCACGGGCUACUGGGCCACCAGGGACUCGAGCCAGUGUCCACUGUGCAAGGCGGAGUUCGGACAAACCCCGGUUCUGCAAGUGAACACAGAGUUCAGAGACAUGUUGGAGCUUUUCAAGGAGACACGAUUUGAAACUGAUGUGAAAAGUUCCCUUCCAGGUGCUGUGGAUGUGUUCUGCGAUCUCUGCCAUGGGACGAAGCGUAAAGCCCUGAAAUCCUGCCUGGUUUGUCUGGCGUCCUACUGCGACGGUCACCUGAAGCCACAUCACUCUGUGCAGGCGUUAAAGUGGCACAAGCUGAUCGACCCUGUGAAGCGCCUCGAAGACAGGAUGUGCAAGAAACACAACAAGGUGAUGGAGUUUUUCUGCAAGAAGGACCAGAGCUGUGUUUGCAUCCUGUGCCUGAAGGACCACCACGAGAUGCAUGAAGCCGUCUCUUUGGAGGAGGAGCUUAAGGAGAGGAAACAUAAGGUGAAGAAAGUCAACAGAGAGGUCAAGCAGAGCCUGAGCAACAAGCACAACACGAUCCUGAUGAUUCAGAACUCAACGAAGCAAGGUAGAGAGGAAUUGGAGAGAACAAAAGCGGAAAUUGUCAAGGCCUUCGAUGCGCUGGUGGCGUUGAUAAUGACCAAAAUGGUGACGCUCGUUGAGCUGUUGGAGGGGAAGCAGAAAGCGGAAGAACAGCAGGCUGAGAAUCUCAUCAGACAACUGCAGCUGGAGAUCAUCAAGGACUAUCAGACGAGUAACACGCUGGAAGAGCUCUCAAAGACCCAGGAUGACCUCAGACUCCUCCAGGGCCUCCCACCUGAGUCCCCGCCUUCCAGCACAAAACAUCCCUUUGCAGGGAGAGCGCAUCGUCUUCUGGAAGUGGAGACGGUAAAAAGUGCAAUGACCAAAACAGUGGAGACGCUCAACGAACAGAUGGAGAUCAUCACGAGAGAAGUCGACCUGGCCGAAGAGAGACAAAAUGAGAAUUUGUUUGGUGACGAGCUCGGCAACAUCCAGAUGCAACAUGCAAUAAAUCUGACUCUGGAUCCAAACACUGCGCACCCCUCUCUGAUCGUCUCAGAGGACAGGAAACAAGUGAGGGACGGAGGCACGAAGAGGAGCGUCCCUGACAGCCCCGCGAGGUUUGACACUCUGCAUUAUGUCCUCGGAGAAGAAGGCUUUUCCUCUGGCAAGUUCUACUACGAAGUUCACCUCAACAGACAAACAAGAUGGGAAGUCGGAGUGGCGAGAGAGUCCAUCACUAGGAAGGGUGUCGAUUUGUCCCUCAGUCCUGAAAACGGAUGCUGGACGCUGGGUUGUUACUGGGGACGCUGCCAGGCUAACACAAACCCACCUGUGAUCCUGACCCUGUCUAAGGUGCCCGAGAAGGUCGGAGUGUUUGUGGACUAUGAAGGAGGGAUCGUCUCUUUUUACGACAUAGAGGCUCGAGCUCUGAUCUACUCUUUUACAGGAUGUGUCUUCACGGCAAGUGUGCCUUUCCUGAGAAACGUUUUCUCUCUCCCUCUCAGAGUUUACGGCGGCUCCCCAACAAACACGACAAUCUACCCUUUAUUCCGACCCAGUGCUGAGCAGGGGGGUGACUCUGCUCCUCUUCAGAUCACUCCUGUCGGCUGCACCUAAACUAAGAGGUAAACCUGGUUUGCAAAGACAAGUUUUAGCAGUUUGUGGUCCUCGUGUUAACGCCCUGACACACCAAGGAGAUCGUCAGCCAUCGGUCCUAGUUGGACCGUCGGUGAGCGGUCGUCGUACCUACCUGUGUGGAAUCUCUCUGAUUGGCUG